CCGUGUGCCGGUCUUUAUUCGGGCGCUCGGCUCUAGGGGCCUGUCAUCCGUUUUGGCAGCUGGAGCCCGAUCUUUGAUUUGAUCUGUCAGUGGUUGCUGACGACACGUCGCCUGUGGGUCUUUUUUUUCUGCCGUGCAGUACUGUAGAUUGGAUGCGUGCCCUUCUAACGCAGUGUUUUUAUUUCAAGAAAGACUUUAACGCGGGGACGUGUCGGCCUCCGGGGGCCUCCUCGAACUCUGCGUGAAGUGAUGGAGUGAGGGCUGGUGCUGGCGUGGCACGUGUGCUAGUGGAUGGCCUUUUGGAACGAGCAGGGGGCUGGUUGUUACGUAACAAUGCGCUUCGGAGUGAAUUCUCUCUGGAACCAUCAAUUGCUGAUGAAAAUACAGUGUGUUUCGAAGCGCCCUUCAUCGUUCAACUAAUAUUUGCCAAGAGACAGAAAGGGUUUUAUGUUUUCAAAACUUUCAAGCUACCUGGUAUAACAUCCUUAUAAUGCCAGCACGAACUUAAUAUGCCUGGAUUGCCACUGUUGCUCAGUGCUGGAACAUCCUGUCAGGUCCUCCGUGCCCAGUCUUCCUGGUUUCUUUGUCUGCCCAACGUGCUAUGGGACACGAUGGGAAACAGCCUCAAGGAAUAGGCUCACCCAGUGUCUACCACGCUGUGAUAGUGAUAUUUUUGGAGUUUUUUGCUUGGGGACUCCUGACAGCGCCCACUCUGGUGGUUUUGCACGAAACCUUCCCAAAACACACAUUUCUGAUGAAUGGUCUAAUUCAAGGAGUAAAGGGCUUAUUAUCAUUCCUCAGUGCCCCACUCAUAGGUGCCCUGUCUGACGUGUGGGGACGAAAGUCCUUCCUGCUGCUAACAGUGUUUUUCACCUGUGCACCAAUACCACUAAUGAAGAUCAGCCCAUGGUGGUACUUCGCUGUUAUAUCUGUCUCUGGAGUUUUUGCUGUGACGUUUUCUGUGGUUUUUGCGUAUGUAGCAGACAUAACCCAAGAACAUGAAAGAAGCAUGGCCUACGGUUUGGUUUCAGCAACCUUUGCAGCAAGCUUAGUUACCAGCCCUGCCAUCGGUGCCUACCUUGGUCGGGUCUAUGGAGACAGCUUGGUUGUAGUCCUGGCCACGGCGAUAGCCUUGUUAGACAUUUGUUUUAUUCUUGUUGCUGUACCAGAGUCGCUGCCGGAGAAGAUGCGGCCGGCGUCCUGGGGAGCGCCCAUUUCCUGGGAACAGGCUGACCCUUUUGCAUCCUUGAAGAAGGUUGGCCAGGACUCAAUAGUGCUGCUAAUCUGCAUCACAGUCUUUCUUUCCUACCUCCCGGAGGCAGGUCAAUAUUCCAGCUUCUUCCUGUACCUCAGACAGAUAAUGGGAUUUUCAUCUGAAAGUGUUGCAGCAUUUAUAGCAGUCCUUGGAAUUCUUUCCAUUAUUGCACAGACAAUAGUUUUGAGUUUGCUCAUGCGGUCCAUUGGAAAUAAAAACACCAUCCUACUGGGUCUAGGAUUUCAAAUACUACAGCUUGCGUGGUACGGCUUUGGGUCCGAACCUUGGAUGAUGUGGGCAGCAGGAGCUGUUGCAGCCAUGUCCAGUAUUACUUUCCCAGCUGUAAGUGCACUGGUGUCACGAACUGCUGAUGCUGACCAACAAGGCGUUGUUCAAGGGAUGAUAACGGGAAUUAGAGGCUUAUGCAAUGGUUUGGGACCUGCGCUGUAUGGCUUCAUAUUCUACAUAUUUCAUGUUGAACUGAAUGAACUCCCUAUGCCUGAAUCGCCAUCAGGAGGUACUGUCGUCACACAAUACCACUUACAACAGAAUUCUAUAAUUCCUGGACCCCCAUUCUUAUUUGGGGCAUGCUCUGUGCUGCUGGCACUGCUUGUUGCCUUGUUCAUUCCUGAACACACCAACCUAACUGUACGAUCCAGCAACUGGAAGAAACACUGUGGCAGUCAUGGCCAUCCCCACAGUCCACAAGCUCCUGGUGAAGCUAAAGAACCAUUACUACAAGACACAAAUGUAUGACAAAAAAAAAACCUAGAAGACUUUUUAGACAUUUUCCAUCAGCGGUUUGGGAUACACAUUCCACUUCCAUCAAAAAGUUUCUUAAGGUAAUCUUCAGAAUUAUCUUUCUGCAUGAAAUUUAUAGAAAUUAAAAAAAAAAAAACUUCCAAAGAUGUUGCCAUUACAUCAAUAAUAUGCUUUUUCUUUCUUAAAAGUUAAGUACUUAUCUCUUGCCAUGAAAUACUGUUACUAUUAAACUUUACAUUCUAGUUUGGAGACAAAAGAAUAUAGUCAAGGUUUGAGCAUGUGUCCUUCUGUUUCCUUAAGGUGGUGAGCUUUAAUUCCACUCAUGCUAAGUCUCAGUGAGACAUACGAGCAUCCGUGUGGACCCAUUCAUUUUAAUGUUGUAAAAUCUUGGGUCAGAUGAUUCAAAGCCUUAAUGUAAAUGUACUCAAGUAGGGAAAAGGUGAACUGGUAUCAUUUAUUUUGAAGAAGUCAUAUGGUGGAUUUGUUGGUUGUUUUUUUUUUUUGUUUUUUUUUUAAAGUUUGUACUAAUAUAAAAACUACAAGCACGCUUGCUGAACAGUGAAAGUUAUUUUUAUGUAAGUGCAUUUACUCUAUUUUUGAACAAAUGGUAGUAUCAAACUUUUGUUUAAAUAUUAGGUGGGUGUUUUGAGCCUGCAGAUUUUAAUAUGGGCUCUAAAACUCUGCUUUCAUAAAUACCGUUUAUUAUACCACUAUAUUUCUGAUGUUUGUGUAAUCAUACAAGGACCUCAAAACUUGAAUACAGACUGAACUAUAAGCUGAUAGCCUUGAAUACGUCAGUGUGCUCUCUAUAGUGGCCUUUGAGGACUAUCACAGUAACCCUUUUACAUUACAGAGCUAAUGUUUUAGUCCUACAUUUUCAGGACCCCUUAGUACAGAAGAAAGCUUUAUACAAUGACAGAUGUGAAUUUCUCUAAAAGUGUAUAUUUUUGUGUCCAGUUGUAUUAUUUAAGUGUUCCUUUGUAUAAAUUUGUGUAUAAAGUACUGUAUAGGUUUAAAACAUUUUCAUCUUGUGGUUAUCGCUUAAUGCUUUUUUACCUUUGAACAUUCACCAUUGUUGACCAAGAGCAGGAAAAAAUAUGUAAAUAUACUGUUAAUAAAGCUGAAUAUUUUAAUGAA